AUGAAGAACUUUUGCAAUCAUACACCGAUUGCCUAUGCUGUUCAAGAGGGACAUGCUGGUGUCGUUGAUGGUUUUCUUCGCAGUAAGAGGAUCUUUCCCAAGGCCAGGGAUGGGUAUAAUGAGCUCCUCUUUCAUGAGGCUGUUCAGGUAGGAAAGUGCGAUGUCGUUCAGGUUUUCCUUGAUAAUUGCGUUCCUAUUAAUCUGAGAGGACGUGAUGGGAAGAGGGCCCUUCAUCUCGCCGCUGCUGAUACACGCAAUUUUGAGAUGGCUCGUCUUCUGCUCCAGAACGGUGCUUCUAUUAAGAUUAAGGACUCUAUUGGCAACACGCCGUCCGAUCGUAGCAGAAACCCGGAGGUGACUAUGCUUAUUCGGAAUUGGGCUGACCAAGCUGCCGCUUCGGAUCCUAAAGGCAAGAAAGCCUCGCGCCCUCCGAAGGCGACGGCGGCUGCACCCCCGGAAUAUGUUGCGUGA